GAAAAUUAUGAAGAAAUUAAACUGCAAAAUAUUUUCGAAAAUUUAAAUGUUACAAAUACAAAUUGAUUGAAAGUCAAAAAUGAAGCAAAUUAACGUUUCAGUUGUGGGUUUAUCCGGAACUGAAAAGGAAAAAGGUCAAAUGGGUGUUGGAAAAUCAUGUUUAUGUAAUCGAUUUAUACAUCCAUUAACAGAUGAUUAUUUCAUCGACCACAUAUCGGUACUCAGUCAGACGGAUUUUAGUGGACGCGUUAUAAAUAAUGAUCACUUUUUAUAUUGGGGAGAGGUAAAAAAAACAACAGACGAAGGCGUGGAAUAUAAUUUUAGUGUAGUUGAGCAGACAGAAUUCAUUGAUGAUUCUACAUUUCAACCGUUUAAAGUUGGUAAAAUGGAACCUUACAUAAAAAGAUGUUGUUCUACUAAAAUAGCUUCAGCUGAAAAAUUAAUGUACAUUUGCAAAAAUCAACUAGGAAUAGAACAUGAAUACGAGCAAAAGGUACUGCCAGAUGGGAGAUUGAGUAUUGAUGGUUUUAUUUGCGUUUUUGACGUUAGUCCGGUUCCAAACAGAUCUGUUGAAAAACAAGUUGAAUUUGUUCACAAUAUAUUAAUUAAUUUAUUAAAAACUAAAAAGCCUAUUAUAUUAGUAACAACUAAAAAUGACGAUGCAAAUGAAGCAUAUGUAAGGGAAGCUGAAAAAAUUUGCCAACGUAAAGAGUAUAAAGGUGCUAUACAUCUUGUGGAGACAUCUUCACAUGAAUCAAUUAAUAUUGAUUUAGCUUUUAUAUUGUUAGCGCAAUUAAUAGACAAAACUAAAAAUCGAACGAAAAUUACGACGUAUCAAGAAGCGGCUUUUGCACGUAAAGAAUUAUUAGAUCAAAGAACUGAAGCGGUGACACGUUUAAUACGAACGCAAAUAACUGAUUAUCACACACUUUGGUCACAUGGUUCUAAACAAUUAGCACAACAUAAAGAAUGGAUUGAUUUUUUGGACUUAUUCGGACAAGAGGCUGGGCAAAGAAUCUUCAGGCGGCAUAUGAAGAAGUUACGUGAUGAUCAUUUAAGUAAACGCUUACAACAAUUUAUGAAUGGAUUUGCAUGCGCAUUGCAAGAUAUCAUACCCGAUGUCAAUACCCUUAAUUUAGAAAUAGAUGACGACUGGAAUUCUGUACGAAGUUAUUUUAAAGGGCAUGUAGAUUUUGAUCAGUAUUUUUUUGAAUGUCAACGAGCUCCUUGGACUGAUUUAAGUGAUGUUAGUGAUAUGGAAGAUGAACAGCGAAUACCUUUCGAUGUGUUAGAUACACCGGAAGCUGAAACCGUAUUUAAAAAUCAUGUGAAUGCGUUGCAACAAGAACAAAAAAGACUAGAAUGGAAAAAACAAUUUAAAAAAUUAUUAGAAGAAACUGGUUAUGUAACUCCGGGUAAACAAUUAUCUGAAGUUCGUGUGUUAUUUAUGGGUCGCGAAUGUUUUGAAGCAUUAUCUGAACAUGAUUGCCAACAGAUAUAUGACAAUCAUCAAAGGGAAAUUAUUGAAAAAGCCAAGCACAAUUUUCUAGAACUAUUAUUAGAACACGCAGAUUUAUUCCAACAUUUUAAAAAUAUCGAACCAUCGGGAACAAUAACACAAGAUGAUAUCAAAGAAAUUACAGAAGUUUUACAAGAUGACAUUAGGUAUAAAAUGUUAGAUCGUUUAGAUCAAGAUCGUAAAUUGAUGUUAUUCCAACAUUUGGGCUUUGUUCAUUGUCCUAUUAGAGAACAUUGUCCUGCAUUUCCAAAUUGUAUGGAUGCCCUAAUUGAGCGGUUAAUGACUGGUAAGAAAACUCUAAGUGGUAUGACUUCAAGUCAAUGGAAAUCAUCGGUUGGUACAGAAAGUGUUUUAAAUUUGCUAAUAAUGGGUUCGGAGCACUUAGCUAGUGAUUUAUUAAACGAUAUUCGAAUCAGUUGUGGUAGUGAAGGUGAAUAUAUUUAUGAUGGUCAAACAUAUUUUUUAAAUUAUCGUAUUGUCAAUGGUGACAUGGAGUCGUUCAAGUCAAUUGAUUUUCAAUCUAGCGGCCUAAUAUGUGUAUAUUCAAAUCAACAAUCAUUUGAAACUUUAAAGGAUAAUUUAGAACGUAGUUUGUUAUGUAACUUAGAACUAGAAGAUCGUUUUGAAAAUUUGCCAAUAGUAUUAGUUUAUCAACCACACGAUUUGAAAGAAAAUGAAAUUGAUUAUUUAAGAUCCGAAGGGCAAAGAUUGGCGGAAAUGUUGCAUUGUGAAUUCAUAGAUACAAUGAAUUUUUAUCGUCACAGAUCUUCACAACAUCAAAAUCACGUGUAUGAUAUUUUAAAUCAUUUGAUAACUUGUAUUCGAAUGACUGAAAAUAAAUCGGAUGAUUCAUAUCAACCAGAUCAACCUGAUAUUCGUCUAAUAUUAUGUAUGUUUUGUGGAGACCCAUAUCCAAUUGAUAGCGUAUUAAGUCCUUUGCUAGCUGAAUCUUCUUCUAACAUAACACCCGAUCAUAGUAUAUUAGUAGAUACAUAUUUGGGUGACUCAAAGAAACGUAUUGAAUUUAUAAUUACAUCAUAUCACGGGGCUAAUCAAUAUCGCGAUGACUUAAUUCAUGGCUUUGUGUUGUUAUACUCAACUAAAAGAAGAUCCUCAUUAGCUAAUUUAAGCGCCUUUUCAAUCAACAUUCCAAAUAUGCCGAUUCAAAUGGUAGCUAUAACUGAAGGCGGUGGUGCAAAUGUUUUUUUCGCUAAUGAUUUAGUUCAGAUGCUUAUAGCUGAAGGAAAUUCUAUAGCUGAUCGAUUUAGAUCGCAUUUUAUGACUUCGACUGUGGGGGCUCCAAUAAAAUUUGCAUUUUAUGGGCCGUUUUUAAAAAAAGUUUGGGAUCGGAAACCAGAAAUCGAGUUAUUACAUUCUGAAGAACCAGUCACUUUAGAUUCUGGUGAAGGCACUUUGGAGCAUUCUAUGGGACAUCAUUUGCCACAACCACCACCUCGUCAUGAAAGUUAUAUGCUUAAAAAUACGGCUGGCACUGAUGGGUCUGGAAGUGAGAAUUAUGAACAUUUGCCAACAAGAUCUUUAAAUUCAUUAAAUGGUCCGGAUGAUAGUAUUAAACUAAAUUUAAAUGAAAACAACGACAAAUAUCGACACUUAUAUAUGUUGGGUGAAAAAGAUAUCUCAAUGGACGAUACUUUUGACGAUGACAAAGAUGAAAAAUCUCGUUUAUUACAUCAAGGAUUCCAGAUAUAUCCACCGCCAACAACACCUCCAGAGCCUGCCCCUCCAGAUCACCAUAUGGCUCCAUCGUCCAUUAUGAGACAAUUCAAAGGAAAUAUGGUUUCGGCUUCACAAUCCAGUUUAGACGAAAUAACAUCGGAUGUAAGCGGUUCAAAGGAUUCACUAACAACUCACGAUUCAGGUUGGUUAGACGAUGCACUUUUUAUAAGCCGUGAUGGUUCAAAGCAUGAUAAUAGAGCUGGUGUUCGAAGUAAUAUUAUAUGGAAUAAUUUUGGAGGAGCCAAUCAUCACGCAUUUACAACUGGUAGGCAACGUAGUGAAUCAAGCUUCGUAAAUAAAGUUCGACCGAAAGGUCCAAGUCAAACCCUGAAGCAACCAGGAAAAUUGAACCUGAAAAAUUUUCAAUUGGUUAGUGAUGCUGUUGCCCGAAUGAAUGUUAACAGUGAUACCAAUUUAGCUGAAGGUGAUAAUAAAACUAACAAAACAAACAAAUUAAGUUUUGUAGUAGGUUUUAAUAAUAAAAAUCGAAUCUUUGAUAAUGCUCCCCUUGCUGCCCCGGAAUUAGAUGAUUCAGAUGAAAUGGCAGAGUAUGCACAGAUAAAAGAUGUUUAUGGUGAUGAAGGUAACAAUGAUAAACUAACGACAUUUACUUCUUCUAUGCCACAAGAUCUGACGCCAAGUAAAUCGAAAACUAAACAUCGUCGGGAUAAAGAUCAAAAGUACUCCGAAUCUGAUAGUGACACUAGUUCUUCCGAAAGAAAAGCUCGUGGGUAUGAUGGUUAUUAUAAAAUGAAUCGAAAACCUCAAACACAUAAACGACCUCGUAAAAAGCGAACCGGAAUACCAGUACAACCACCUAAAGUACCUUUUGGUACUUUUGUUACCCCGCCAGAAAUACCAUUGCAUUAUCAAAAAAUGAAAACUUUAGAAAAAGCUAAAACUGUGCAUGGAGAGGUUCAAGAAGAGGAAUCGAGUAUAGAUGUAUCAUCACCUCGUGAUAACAAUUCACCUAUAUUUGGUGUUAUGGCUAAACUUGGUAAUGAAAAUGAUCGUGAUAAAUUAUUAGAUUUAAAAAAUAAACAAAAGACAUGGAAGGAUGAUGAAAAAUUAGAAAAACGUCGCUUAAAGGAAGACCAAGCUCGACGUAAAAUACAGGAUAAAGACAAAGAGCAAGAUAAGAAAACAAAAAGAAAAUCGAAACAAAAUAAUAAAAAUUCUGAAAAUAAUAGCUUAGAGUCUGCUUUAUUAGCUAUGCCUGAGUUUAUGCAUUCCGAUAAAAAUAAUAUUCCGAUUUUCCUCCAUAAAUGUAUUCAGUUUAUAGAAAAGGAAGGCUUAGAUUCCGAAGGAAUUUACCGCGUGCCGGGUAAUAGGGUUCAUGUUGAUUUACUUUUUCAGAAAUUUGAAGAGGAUCCUAACGUAGUGGUUGAUGCUUUGGAUGUUCCUGUAAAUGCAGUUGCAACAGCUUUAAAAGAUUUUUUCUCGAAACGUUUACCACCAUUAUUUGAUAAAGAUUUGAUGGCUGAGUUGGAGGAUAUUGCGGGUUCAAGGGGUGUUCCGUCUACAAAAUUGAGCAUGGAAGUUAAAACAGAUAGAAGUUGUCGCUUAAUUGCUCUUCGAGCGCUUUUAAACAAAUUACCACCGCUAAAUUUUACGAUAUUAAAAUACAUAUUCCAACACUUUGUUAGAGUGUCUGAAAAUUCAAAGUUGAAUAGUAUGGAUAGCAAAAAUUUAGCUAUUUGUUGGUGGCCGACAUUGAUUCCGAUAGAAUUUACUGAUAUGAGUCAUUUUGAACAGUUGCGCCCAUAUUUAGAAGAUAUAGUUCAAACUAUGAUUGAUCAAUUUCCGUAUUUGUUUUGUGGUAAAGAGGCAUUCGUUAUGGUUUAAGACAAAAAUAAAAAAUAUGAUACAUUUGAAAGAUAAAAAACUGAAAGUUACAAGAGAAUUUCUAAAAAAAUUCGUAAGCUUUCUUUGUUGUUCAAUUAUUUCCUUGUUUUUUGUGUAAUUUUAAGUUAUUUUAUUUUAACUUUUAAGAAAAAUUUUU